GCACAUGUUUAGAAAUGAGUCGGCUACGAUCGCGGAAAGUCUUUCUUCUGGGUCUGUUCGUUAUUCUAUUCACUAUUGUCGCAGUCAAAUGGCGUAGCUUUGAUGAGAAGACUGAGUCAUCAAGGAAAUAUGUUGGAUUUCGCAUGAACACUGGUCGGUUUGGAGCUCAACUUUUCCAUCUAAUAGCUGGUUAUGGAAUAGGAAGGACACUGAAUAGAACGCAUUAUUUGUCACUACAAGAUGGCCCCAUAGUUCAUGUAGUCAAAUAUCUGCGACAAUUCAAAGAAGUUUUUCCACGCCUGCAAGAAACAUUUGUAAUAGCACCGUAUGAUGCAGAUGAAACGCGAGUGGCAUUCUCAACAGCGUGUUGCAAAUUCGAUAAUCCGUUAAGGCUUUAUAAUAACACAUCCAAAUAUCUGUUUCUAAUGCUCAAGUUUGGACAACAUCCCAAGUAUUUUCAAGAUUACAUUGAAGAUAUACGAAAAUUUCUGCAAUUUUCCGAAAACGUGAAGCAGAUGGGAGAGAAAAACUUCACUGCUGCCUGGAAAACCUUCAAUCGUGACUCUAUGUGCAUUCAUACUAGAAGGAGUGAUUUUGUUCAACUGAAAGUAUCGACUGAUAUGGAAAAUGCAGUAAAGGCUGCUACUAGCAUUGCGCAACAAAAGGAGGCAAAUACGGUUCGAAAGACAGUAUAUGUGUCUAACUUUUCUGUUCCUGUGGAUUUAUAUGCGGCAUCUCAGUUGUGCACUUCAUUUCUGAUUACUGCAACAACCUCGACGUUUGGAUGGUGGCUUGCAUUCUUUUCAAAGAAUCAGCACAACGUAUUCUAUAUGUCUGAUAAAAGGAAUCUAUACGACAAGGUACCAAGGAGAGAACUAUUCCUAGAAAGAUGGAAGGAUUUUUCCAAUCAGACUAGUUGAAAACGAAGCAUUACUUGCUGUACGAAGUCUACCAUUGUCCAGCGGUUAUGUACAUGGUUUAAUGUCAACGUUUCCUUGUUUUUCCCAACACAAGAUGUGCAUGUCUUUGAACGUAUUUGAAGUGACUACAACUUUUAGGACCUUUAUGGGUAUUGCAACGUACUAUUCUCAACAACAAGUGAUAGUGUAUGAUUGUUAAUUACACCGCUAUUAUGUUGUUUUCUGGGAUAUUGCAUGUUUUUGUUAAAAUGCCGCACUCCACUUUAUUUGCUUCAAACAGCUGAGCAGUUCCGUUCACAUUCCUCAUAUUUUGUGGAAGGGUCAAAUUGAUUCCAUUUUGUCUCGUGGCUAGGCAUUGAUUGUCUAAGGAAGCUAAUAAGUUUAUAUGAAAUGUUUCAUACCAGAUGCACAAAUUUUUCUCGCGCUG